GAUUGUUCCUGUUCUCUUUCUUAAGUCAGUGCAAACGCUGUCUGUGGACGGGCGUCUCAGUCAGAGCCGCACAAGGUGCAGAGCAACAGCACAGAGAGAGGGAUAGAGGGAGAUAGAGGAGAUAGAGAGGGAGAUAGAGAGAGGGACAGAGAGAGAACGCACAGAGAGACACCACAGCUGCUGCUUCUGCUGCUGCACCUCUGCCAUUAGAGAGUCAUCAGAACCAUAGGAGUCUGCUGUGCUGGAAGAGGAUGGACAGUUCCUCCCCAGCAAGAAGUCCCCCUUUCAGAGAUGACCUGCGGCCAGCGGCUCAGCGUGGUUUCUACUUAAGCCACUCUCCGCUCAACAUUAAACCCACAAACCUCUCUUCUCCCAGAUACCCUGACACAUCCCCCAGCAGAUACACCUUUAGCCGCGCUUUCAGCCCCCACAGGUUUGCCUCUAUGUUUGGAUCCCAAGACAAUCAUCACGAUCAGAAGGAGGGAUCGCAAAAACGCAAAAAAACACCUCUCAAAAAGGAUGCAGGGGAAGGUGAAUCCAUUGAGAGAGAGGAAGAAGAAGAGACAGAGAGAGAGGGUGCUGAGGCUGGCAGCAGGAAGAGAAUAGCCUUGCUACCCCAUCGACCCCUUUCCCUUACUCCUCCAUCCGUCGGCCAGGAUGCCAUCCCGGGCAUGAUCGACCUCAACCGACUGCAGCUCCAGAGUAGCCUGUCCAGGUGCGGCCCGCGCGGUCCGGCCCCACCUGUUCAGGUGAAGGAGGAGCCCCUGUCUUCUCCCCCUCCAAUAUGGCACCCGCCUCCGCUCUUCCUCCAUCCCCCUUCCCCAUACUUCCCCCCUUUCCACCCCAGCCUGCUGCCCUUUCCUUUCUUCCUGGCGGGGCCCAUCAUGCACCUCUCCCCGGGAACCAUGUACCCCAAGCAGGCCCUCAAACCUGGUCGCCGAGGCCCAGACGGAGGCCCGCGUGGAGGGAGCACGACCAGCGCAGAGAAGCUGGGCUUCAACGUCCAAGUGGACGACAGCUACUACGUGGACGUGGGCGGGGACCAGAAGCGGUGGAAGUGCCGCAUGUGCGAGAAGUCGUACACCUCCAAGUACAACCUGAUCACGCACAUACUGGGCCAUAGUGGCAUCAAGCCCCACGGCUGCCACCUGUGCGGGAAGCUGUUCAAGCAGCUGAGCCAUCUGCACACCCACUUGCUCACGCACCAGGGCAUGAGGCCCCACAAGUGUCAGGUGUGCCACAAGGCCUUCACGCAGACCAGCCACCUGAAGAGGCACAUGAUGCAGCACAGCGACGUGAAGCCCUACAGCUGUGGUGUGUGCGGCCGGGGCUUCGCCUACCCCAGUGAGCUCCGCUCACAUGAGCUGAAGCACAAGAAGGGCCAGGAGAACGUGUGCGUGGAGUGCGGCUUGGACUUCCCCACGUUGGCCCAGUUAAAGAGACACCUGACCACCCAUCGCGGACCCACCCUGUACAGGUGUGGGGAAUGCCAGAAAACCUUCCAGUACCCAAGCCAGCUUCAGAACCACAUGAUGAAACACAAAGACAUCCGGCCGUACAUCUGCAGCGAGUGUGGCAUGGAGUUCAUACAGUCCCACCACCUUAAACAACACACACUCACUCAUAAGGGGGUGAAGGAGCACAAGUGUCGGAUCUGUGGUCGCGAGUUCACGUUGUUGGCCAACAUGAAGCGCCAUGUUCUUAUCCACACCAACAUCAGGGCGUACCAAUGCCACAUGUGCUUCAAGAGCUUUGUCCAGAAGCAGACGCUCAAGGCCCACAUGAUCGUCCACUCCGACAGCAAACCCUAUAAGUGCAAGCUCUGCGGAAAGGAGUUCAACCGAAUGCAUAACCUAAUGGGCCAUAUGCAUCUCCACUCGGACAGCAAGCCCUUCAAAUGCCUCUACUGCCCCAGCAAGUUCACCCUGAAGGGAAACCUGACUCGACACAUGAAGGUCAAACACGGCAUCAUGGACCGAGGGCUGGACCAGAGAUUGUUCCGUCGCAGGGGGCGAUUCUGUCUGCCCCCUCCCCUGGGUCUUCUGACCCGCUUCAACCAGGAGGAGCCCUGCGACCUGUCUCAGAAGACCCCCGACCCGCCAGGCCUCCACCUGGCCCACUCCGACGGAGAGAGCCUCCCCGGCAGCUCCUGCCAGGAGGAGGAGGAGGAGGAGGAGGAGGAGGAUGGAGAGGAGGAUGGGGAGGAGGAAGAGGAGGAGCGCUUGUACAGCCCUGAGGUGUACCAGCACCGCACGGAGCUCCGCUACGGUCCUGAGUCAGAAUCACGCCGUCGGCCCUACCGUCCCGACCGCGGACCACGGGACGCUCUGCAGCAGCCAUACCCGCACGGCACCCACGACCCCAGGCAGGAGGCCCGGACGAUGCCUCCGCCUGACAACCGCUGCCUGGACGGACGAGGGCCACCGUGCAGGUCCCCCGCGGGGACGCCGACGCCUUCGCCGGACGACCACGGCUCCCACUCCGAGGCCGGAGACGAGACAGAAACAAAGUACGAGGUGUACGGCGAAGAGGGGAGUGAGACACCGCGGUGGGAGCGAGGGGAGGAGGACGUGAACCCUGAUCUCCGAGUGGUGGGGAGACAGAGCAGGUUAGAGGAAGGGGAGAGGCGUCUCUGCAUGAUUGUUGAGCCCUCAGACAGGGGAAGAGAAGAAGGAGAGGAGGAAUGUGAACAGGAAGAUGCGUAGAACUGGGAGCGCUGGACAAUGAGCUAACGAGGAAAGCGGAAGUUGGACAGUGUUUUUUUCUAUAUUGGAGCUGAGAAAGUGUGCUUAAAAUGCUGUGAGGCAUAUUGUAUAUAAGCCAUAAUUACACACUGAUUUUAUUGGAAAAUACUGCCAUUAGAGGAACAACACUGUUAACACAAUAUUUGUUUAUGAUCAGAAAUAGCUUAUUGUUUUUUUUGCAAUAAUGAUUUCUUAAUCAUGUCUGAAUGGGUGAUUUUGAGGUUUCUUUGACCUUAUUUCUGCUUUGUUGUUAAAUUUCUGAUAUUAUUUGUAUGCAAUACUUUUAAUGUUGUCUUUUUUGAAAGCUGUGAACCGUUUUACCAUAAAGCUUAUUAGUUGGUAGCAGAAUAAUUGUUGAAAUGCUUAAUCUGCACCCUAUUUAUGAAAUAAACUGUGACGAAACAAUAAAUUUGACCUGAAUGAG